UUUCCCCCGAGGAUCGGUCGUGAAGGUGACUCACUUCUAAAGUGGAAGCUUUGAUUACUAUACCUUCCUCUUUCUGCGGCCGUGUGGUGAGUUGUGCUAGCGGUUUAAUCGAGUUCCUCGAGAUUGCAAACCCGCCACGUACUAUAUAACCGAUGCUCGGUCAAUCGAUCCUCUCAAUCGUAAUCUCUCUCUUCGUGUCGCCAACAACGGAAACCUUUUCUGCACUCAAACCUUUUCGAAAUAUUGGGAGGAGAGACGUUGAUGACGUCGCGCUAUGUGGCCUACGCUCGCGAUCCUUUGUCUGAUAACAACCUUCGGUUUCAACGGCGCAGAAAAAUCAUUGAACUCGAAUUCUUUCUUGAAACAAUCCGAUCCUACCCCAUCGAGAUUAAGAAAUUUGGAAGACGUGCCGGCCAGACUUUCACGAAUACUCGAAAAAAACAGUCGCUCUAGGAGAUUGCACAUAGAGAAUCAGCAUGGAUUCGAUGGCAAAGUGGAAAAGAUUAAUAUCAAUUCCGAGGAGGAUCUUCCUGGAAUUCGGGCAUACGGAGUGCAAAAGAAAAAAUUAAUGAAUAAUGGUUACAUCGAAAAAUCGAUACAACGAGAGAUUGUGAAAAAUGUCGAGGAUGGUUCCAGGGUUACUCGUUCGAUCGAAGCAUACGGGAAAACGAAGGAGCGUCUCGAGAUGAACGGUUCAAUAGAGAGAGGGCAACCAUCGGAAAUCCAUCAAUCUCGAAGAAAGCCGAGAUCGAUCGAAACAGAGACGAAACAAGAUGGCGUUAAGGGCGACGAUGAUCUGGAAGAUCUGGAGGGUCAAGACGCCAAAGUGUUCAGACCGUUGUUCGUGUACAGGCAGCAGGUGGCCAGAAGGAAGCAUCGGGCAAAAAAUCAGGUUUAUGGUUUUCCGGCUGGUGUGAAAAUCCCUUGCGAAAAAUGGGCGCCAAUUUUCUGAUCGCCGCU